AUGCACCGCGUCUCAUCGGAUUCACAGUCGGACCAGAAAUCGGGUGACCAGUUGGGGGUGCUUGGUGAGGACGGCGAUGUGUUUCCACUUCACUCAGGGGUGCCCGAUUUGGUCGGCCACAACUCGUAUCCACUUUUGCAGAUCUACUGGCCAAGGCCGAUCAGUAUGAAAGCACAAGAAUCAAAGGAUGCUCGUUCUAGUGCUCCUGGUCGGGAGGAUGAACUUGCAAAUAUUGUUACUAGAAAUUGGGACCCAGAUAUUCGUCCUGGUAAAUGUAUGUAUUGUUUAAUGUUGAAUGAUCACUAUUCAACAAAAUGUCCAUACAUGGAUACUGUCCCUAAAAAUGCAACCGUUGGCAAUGGUUGUGAGGUAGUUUGUAAGGUUUGUGGUGCACUCUUUAGAGGAUCAUGUUGUGGCAGAGAUGUAGGACGUGCAAUUUCCAAGGUGUGUUGUAUUUGUGGGAAGAUUGGUGAACACUGGCCUCCAAUGUGCCCAAGAACACUUCGCGAGGGGAAAAAUAUUUCUUUUGAUGAGCUUGCUACUCCGGAUCAGAGUACUACUGAAGAUGAGGCCAUGCCUUUGCUAAUUGAUCAACUUAAGCUAUAA